AUGGCACCCGACGUAGAUACCUGGUCCGUGGCGUCGAGCGCUCUGGGGCUCUUUGCGGUCGGAUUGUAUUCCUCGCCUGCAGUGUUGAGAAUCCUCUGCCGAGACCCCGUUCAACGUAUUCGACUCGACGAUGAAAUUCCCGGAAAGAAGUGGUUUCAAGACGAAGAUGGUGAGGCAGCAGAGGGUUCCCAGAAAACGUAUUCGAGUCUAGGACAGAGAAUGGCCAUUUCCCUCUUUUCAGCGAUCGGGCUGGCGUCUGCGCUGGCAUUGUUGAUUGUGACCACCCGGUCCAGACACAGUCCUCUCCUUCUCCCCUCGUGGCUACAGUCCGGUACUUGGAUUCUUAUGAGUAUAGAAUCUGCAACUCUUUUUGUGCCGGCUUCCCCAGUUGAGUGCUACCGACUUGGUCUCCAUGUCCUCGCCACCAGCAGCGUCGCCAUCGCAGUGCCCAGCAUUCAGAUAGGUCUACUGCGCAAUUCAAGUUACUCUACUGUAGUUGAUCUGGUGCCAGUCCGCCUACUUGUCGUCAUCGUCGCGUCAGCCUUUGCCCGCGGCUUGUCUUCUAUUCAUAUACCUCGUCGCCCAAAUGUCUAUCACGAGGGUCUCGCCGUCGACAGAGAACGCACGGUCAGCUUGUACAGCCGCAUCUCAUUCUCCUGGGCCACGCCAGUUCUUCAGUACGUUGGGAAGAACCGAGGCCUUGACAUCGACGGCCUCCCAAAACAGCCCUACCUUGCACGCGCCAAACCCCUCCACGAACGCUUGCAGACGAUGAUGACCAGCACAUCGCAGCGGCUGUGGGUCAUUCUUAUCCGCUGCAAAUUACACCUGUUAGUGUUGCAGCUGCUUCUUAGCGUGUUGACGUCUCUUCUGGAAUUAAGCCGACAAGUGGCCAUGUACGGCAUGCUCAAGUCAAUGGAGGAUGCUUCUCAGCGGGAUGGCACGCGAGCAUGGUCUUGCGUUAUGGCACUGGGACUCGUAUCACCCCUGUUGCUGGGCUUGAACUCGUGGGUAUCGUGGACGAUGUAUUCGCGGCUGUGGAUUCCUACCUACGCGGGCCUGUCUGCGCUGGUCUUCGCCAAAUCACUGCGCUGCAGGACAUUUAGCCAUACCAGAAACUCCCAAAAACAACCCACCCAGGUGGGUGAGAGCGACGAAGAAGAUCAAAGUCAGCAGAGUAUUAUCAACAUGGCCGCCGUGGAUAUCAAACGCAUCUCUGAUUUCGCGACCGUCGUCAACCUCCUCCCCUCGUCUUUGAUGAGGCUCCUCAUCGCCGGCGGCCUCCUACUUCACCUGGUCGGAUGGCAAAGCAUGCUGGCCGGCGUGCUUGUAGCCUUCGUAUUUGUCCCAGCGAGUUGGUAUUUCACGAAACGCUACGCCGCGUCGCAGGAGGAGUACAUGGAAACCAGCGACAAGUAUAUCACGAUCGUGAGCGAGAUGCUUCGAGGGAUUCGUCAAGUGAAAUCUGACGCACUAGAGCCACUGUGGCACAAUCGGAUCGCUGAACGGCGGCAUGCGCAGCUCAGGUCGCUCUGGAAGGCUUUGGUUCAUAUUAUCAUUAUGGAAUCUGUCUGGAUCUUCGGACCGAUCCUGUUUUCCGCGACGUGCUUGACGGUGUAUGCCCUGCAAAACGGAGAGCUUCCUGCCUCGGUGGCCUUUACUGCACUGUCCGUCUUUGGGAGCCUGGAAAACACCCUGAGCGGUCUGCCCGAUAUGCUCUCAAGAGGGAUGGAUGCCAGGGUCAGCGCUAAUCGGAUAGAAAACUACCUUGUCACGGCGGAUAAACCCGUCCACACAAGCAGUCAGGCGGAUAAGAUUUCCUUUGAAGACGCUACAAUCGCCUGGACAGCAGAACCGGACUCAGCUAACGAGGAUCGAUUCAAGCUUGGUCCAUUGAAUUUACAGUUCCCUCGCGGAGGACUGAGCGUGAUAACGGGCAAGUCUGGGUCAGGAAAAACCCUGCUGCUCGCCUCGAUCCUGGGUGAAUGUGAUAUCCUGCGCGGCACUGUUGCAGUGCCCACUCCACCUUCUAUGGAAGCACAGCUCGACGACAGAGCGAUCCCAGGAGCGUGGGUCAUGGAGACUUCGGUCGCGUACGUAGGACAGAAUCCGUGGAUCGAGAACGGAAGUAUUAAGGAAAACAUCGUCUUUGACCUUCCGUACCAACAGCCUCGCUACCAUCAGGUCCUGUUCGCGACCGGGCUGGAAAAGGACUUGGAAACCAUGCCAGACGGAGAUAGGACGGACAUUGGGAGAAAUGGGGUCAACCUCAGCGGUGGUCAGCGUUGGCGAAUCGCCUUCGCUCGGGCCUUGUACUCCAGAGCUGGAAUCCUGGUCAUGGAUGAUAUCUUCAGCGCCCUGGACCCGGGGACGGCUCGACACAUCUACACCCAUGCGUUGAUUAGCGAAUUGGGCCGGGGACGGACCAGGAUUCUCGUCACGCAUCAUCUAGGCUUAUGCCUGCCGCAGACAGAUUACUGCGUCCUGUUGGAAGACGGGGGCAUGGUGCAUGCCGGGAUGACAGAACAUCUGAAGAACAAACGGGCAUUUACAGUCGGCCUGCAGGAUGAAGCAGAUCAUGCACGUCCAAUAACCCCCCCUCUCAGCACCCAUGUUCCCACGAAAUUCGCUCAAGAGGAGAACCGCCAGACCGGCUCAGUCUCUUGGGCGGUCUACAAGGCGUAUCUAGUCAAGGGGGGCGGACUGCCGCUUUGGGCAUUGACCUUUGUAGCAUAUGCAACCUUCAUGGGUCUUCUGGUUGGUCGAUCAUGGUGGCUCAAGCUGUGGACCGGUUCGUCCGAUUCGUCAAACGAGUCCGAACCUUCUUCUCGAUGGCUCCCGGCGAUAAUGCGCAUUGGCCAGUCUUCCAUCAGUAACGACACCAUCUUCUUCUUGAGUGUCUACGUUGGCAUCUCUAUUACCGCCUGUGCAGUGGGUGUCUUGAAGUACCUGGCCUUAUCCUAUAGCUCCCUCUAUACUUCCCGACAUAUGUUCCAAGAUCUCCUCAUGAGUAUCCUGGCUGCCCCGAUGCGAUGGCUCGACACUGUACCAGUAGGUACCCUUCUCAACAGAUUCACCUCAGAUAUUCAACUCCUAGACUGGAGGCUGGGCUAUGAUCUCGGCAACUUUAUGUACAAAGACAUGGAACUGGCCGGUAUCAUUGUGGCUGGAGGGCUGGUGUCACCGACUUUGCUGGCUUUCGCGGCUGCCCUGUUCCUUGUCUGCCUUCGCAUUGCCCAGGUAUACAUUACUGGCGCGAGGGAAUUGAAGCGACUCGAGAGUGUUGCGAAAAGUCCCGUCCUAGAACAUUUUUCUUCCAGCCUUGUGGGACUAUCCACCAUCCGUGCCUUCGGCAGGGAGGAGUUGUAUCUCCACCAAAUGUACUCCAAGAUUGACCGGCAUGCGCAGGCGUCCUGGCACCUUUGGCUUUUCAAUCACUGGCUGGGAUUCCGAGUGAGCAUGGUGGGCGCAUUCUUCACCACGGCGACGGCAGCAUUGGUGGUGCAUUAUUCUGCCAACGUUUCUGCCGCACUCGCCGGCUUCGCCAUGAGUUUCGCGCUGCAGUACAAUUCCGCCGUCUCCAUGUGCCUUCGGUCCUACGCCAACCUGGAAAUGGAUAUGAACGCCGCGGAACGGGUGCUCGAGUACACGGCGAACGAGACUGAAGAUCAGGGCGGCGAAGACCCCCCGGCCGCGUGGCCCGCCCGUGGCCAUAUCGAGGUGGCCAAUCUGUCGGUCAGUUAUGCUCCGAACCUUCCUCCCGUUUUGAACCGCGUGAGCUUCACUGUGAGACCAGGCGAGCGGGUUGGAAUAGUCGGCCGCACAGGGGCGGGGAAAUCCUCGCUGACCAUGGCCCUCUUCCGCUUUCUGGAAACGCCUCGAGGUAGCGUCUUCAUUGACGGAAUCGAUAUUUCCACGAUCAAACUUUGUGCCCUACGCAGCCGUAUCGCCAUGAUUCCGCAGAAUCCUAUCUUUUUCUCCGGGACCGUCCGGUCCAAUCUCGACCUGCGGGGCGAAUACUCUGAUUGGGAGCUUUAUCGUGCCCUAGAAUGUGUCCAUCUCAUCCCCCCCGAGGACGGAACCUCGCCUAGUCACAACGACAACUUGUGCUUUGCCUCCCUUUCCUUCCCCAUUGCGGAAGGGGGUUCAAAUCUGUCCCAAGGCCAGCGUCAACUUCUAUGUCUGGCGCGGGCGAUUGCUUCACGCCCGAAAAUCCUGAUCCUGGACGAGGCGACCUCGGCCAUUGACGCGCAGACAGAUGCGUUGAUUCAGCGCUCCAUCCGCGAGGAAUUCUGCCGCCACGGCUCCUCGUUACUCGUUAUCGCGCACCGGCUCAGUACGGUUGCGGAUUUUGACAAGAUCCUUGUUUUGGACGCGGGCAGAGCCGUGGAGUUUGGAACUCCGCGCGAAUUACUGCACAUCCAGGACGGCGUGUUCUGCAAUCUAGUGAGCAACAGUGGGGAGAAGUCUCUAAUUAAGGAGAUCAUUCUUGGAGAACGAGGUGGGGAGUAA